GGGAGAGAUGCUGGAAGAAACUUCUUAAAUGACCGCGUCCGGCUGGCCGUGGAGCGUUUCUGGGCUGGGGAGAGGAGAGGAAAGUGGAAAAACCCUGAGAACUUCCUGAUCUCCGUCGCCGUGAGACAUGUCUGAGACUCCUGCUCAGUGCAGCAUCAAGCAGGAACGAGUUUCAUACACACCUCCCGAGAGCCCGGUGCCGAGCUACGCCUCCUCGACUCCGCUUCAUGUGCCAGUGCCCCGAGCGCUCAGGAUGGAGGAAGACUCGAUCCGCCUGCCCGCGCACCUGCGCUUGCAGCCAAUUUACUGGAGCAGGGAUGACGUAGCCCAGUGGCUCAAGUGGGCUGAAAGUGAGUUUUCUUUAAGGCCAAUUGACAGCAACACGUUUGAAAUGAACGGCAAAGCUCUCCUGCUGCUGACCAAAGAGGACUUCCGCUAUCGAUCUCCUCAUUCAGGUGAUGUGCUUUAUGAACUCCUUCAGCAUAUUCUGAAGCAGAGGAAAGCCCGGAUCCUUUUUUCACCGUUCUUCCACCCUGGAAACUCUAUACACACCCAGCCAGAGGUCAUGCUGCAUCAGAACCACGACGAAGAUAACUGUGUCCAGAGGACCCCCAGGCCAUGCGUGGAGAACGUGCACCACAACCCUCCCACCAUUGAACUGCUGCACCGCUCCAGGUCCCCCGUCACCACGAACCACCGGCCUUCCCCCGACCCCGAGCAGCGGCCCCUCCGGUCCCCCCUGGACAACAUGAUCCGCCGCCUUUCCCCAGCCGAGAGGGCCCAGGGGCCAAGGCUCCACCAGGAGAACAACCACCAGGAGCCCUACCCUCUGUCCGUGUCUCCCAUGGAGAAUAAUCACUGCCCGCCGUCCUCUGAGCCCCACGCGAAGCCAGCCAGCCCGCGGCAGGAGAGCACGCGAGUGAUCCAGCUGAUGCCCAGUCCCAUCAUGCACCCUCUCAUCCUGAACCCCCGGCACUCCGUGGAUUUCAAACAGUCCCGGCUCUCGGAGGACGGGCUGCACAGGGAAGGGAAGCCCAUCAACCUCUCUCACCGGGAAGACCUGGCCUACAUGAACCACAUCAUGGUGUCCGUGUCCCCGCCGGAAGAGCACGCCAUGCCCAUCGGGAGAAUAGCAGACUGUAGACUGCUUUGGGAUUACGUCUAUCAGUUGCUUUCUGACAGCCGGUACGAAAACUUCAUCCGAUGGGAGGACAAAGAAUCCAAAAUAUUCCGGAUAGUGGAUCCCAAUGGACUGGCUCGACUGUGGGGAAACCAUAAGAACAGAACAAACAUGACCUAUGAGAAAAUGUCCAGAGCCCUGCGCCACUACUACAAACUAAACAUUAUCAGGAAGGAGCCGGGACAAAGGCUUUUGUUCAGGUUUAUGAAAACUCCAGAUGAGAUCAUGAGUGGCCGAACAGACCGUCUGGAGCACCUCGAGUCCCAGGAGCUGGAUGAGCAAAUGUACCAGGAAGACGAAGGCUGAAGGAGCCUACACGCCACCUCAGCGGCCGGCGGCCAAGGGACCCCUGCCCACCAGGACUGCCGGGGUGUGACGGAGCAGGCGGGCUGAGGAGCUUGGAAAGAAGAAAUCCAGAAAUGGCAGUGAUGCUUCUCUUGCACACCAAGAGGGACCCCAGAGCACCUUAGACAAACCACCCAGCAAAGGCAGGGCUGGAAUUCCGGCAGAGGGCACGGGCCUGGGACUCGCCUGUCACGUCUCCUUCUCAUUUGGAAUCUCUCCAUCUGUCACUCCUCUCCCUCACCCUCCCACCUGUUCUUAGCUUCAUGGUGUUUUUGUUUUUGUUUUUUUAAAAACAUGCAGUUUGACUUUUCA